AUGUCUGUGUUUAAAUUGCAAAAUAAAACUUUUGAUAUCAAUGCUAAGCAUAGAUAUUUGAAUUUCACAGCUUAUCAUUUUGAUAGGAAACAGUUUAAUUCUUUGGUAGAAAAGUAUUUUAAAAGUGAUAAAAAUCCUUUCCGUUAUAUCAAAUAUCAAUAUGAGAGAAACUACAAUCCUCAACAAGAUCAAAUAGAUAUCCACAUCCAGGGUGUUUUAAUUCUUAAAAAUGCAACAAGAAUCGGGAAAUAUUUAAAAGCUGGUGAAAAAAAUAGAAAAAAAGACAGUAUUUCAGGUGUCAAAGGUCUUCUACAAAUGAAUAGAACUCAUUUUGAAGGUGUUGCAAGUAUUGAAGAUUCUGUUCUUUAUACUGGAAAAGACUAUAACAAAUGUUCAUUGCAUCACAAAAAAUCCAUUAAUCCAAAUGAUUCAAAAAGUAAGAUUAUUUUAUGUCGAUGUGAUUAUUUUAAUUUAGAAAAACAUUGUGAAUGGUGUAAUGAAGGGUGUAAACCUUAUAGAACUUCGGCAAAAUAUGAUUCUGAUUCUGGACCUUUUGAAUUUGGAACUUAUAAAACAAAAAAUUUUAGUAAUAUUAGUUCAGAUGAUUCAGAUUAUACAUAUAAAAAAAAGAAAGGCAAAUCAGUUGUUGAUUCUGUUAUUAAAAAUUUAAUAGCAGAAAAAGAAUCAGCAGAUCUUGAACAAGCUAUUAUCCAGUCAAAUUACAUAGAUUUAAGCAACAAGUCGCAAGAUCCAGAAGAAUUUUUCUCAGAAUCAGAAUUGUACGAAUCAGAUGUUAUACUUGAUAUCUCUGAAGAUAAACCAAAAAAUACCAAGAAACGCAAGCUAAUUAAUGAUGAUGCUUCUAAAGAUUUUAAACAAAAAAACAAGGAUAAUCCAGAAUUUAAACGGUUAAAAGGUUUAUUAAAAAAAUUAUAA